AUGACAUGUUACACAAUUUUAGAAUUAAUGGAUAAUUUGUCGAAGGCAACAGAUCUUAAACAUAAAAUGGUUGACGUUCUAAAAAGUACAUGGUCAACAAUUCAAGAUUUUGCACGUGCACACAGAACAACGACGAUUCCAUCACCAACGACUCCAGUUGAAAACAAUGUAGAUACAGUAGAAUCAAAAGCAGCAGCAGAGCUUGAAAAAGAACAUAAAGAUGAUGACGAAGAUACUCAUAUCGAUGAAUGGGAAGGUCGUACAAUUGGAAAAUUAAAUCAGGGUAGAAGAAUUGAUUAUGUUUUACAAGAAAAACCAAUUGAAGUAUUUAAUGAUUAUUUAUUUGCAUUUGCAAGUCAUGCCGCUUAUUGGGAUUCUGAAGAUACACUGUUAUUGAUAAUGAAAGAAAUUUAUAAAUUAUCUGGUUUUGAGUCAACAAAUCGUUUACCAGAACGUCUUGAUCAAAUGAUGAUGUCUUAUUUUUCAACACAAAAUACUACAAAACAAAUUUCUUUACAACCUUAUUUAUCCAUGCCACCUAUCCAAACACAAAAAGCCUAUAAGAAAGAUGGUACAAAUAAUUUAUUUCAAAUGUCAAAUUUAAAUGAACAACAGAUGCCACCAUCACCACUAUCCUCAUCCCAAAAAUAUCUCUUGACAGAUAAAUCUUUUUUCUAUAAAUUGUAUGGAUUUUAUGUUGAAAAAAAAGUGUGGAUAAAACAUAAGUCAUAUGAUUAUACAGCGAUGACAUUUGUUCUAAAAUGGAAUUUAAUCUUAAAGUUUUCAAUUCAAAAAAUUUGUUUUCAACAAAAAUUAGUUCGAACAAUAUCCAAUGCAAAAUUACAUGAAGUUGGAAUAUUUAAUACGUUAAAACAAGAAGGAAAUUAUGAAACAGGACAGGGUGGUUUUUUGACCUUGGACUGUGGAAAACCCCGGAACGCGUCAUCAAAAUCGGAUAUAUCAUUGGAUUUUGCAUAUAAAUUUCAAAAACUUCCUGAUUUUGUUCGAUUUUUUCAUACAGAUCGUUCGAUCUUUGUUCAAAAGUUUUUAUUAGAAAACUAA